AUCACACAUGAAUAAAUGUGAAGCAAUUCAAACAAGAAAUUAACAUAAAAUUAGAAGUUGUAUGAUCUUGUAUGCUUGUCAGUGAGACAACUGUCCAGAGGUGGAUUUAGAGGCCUUCCAGGGGGCCUGCCCUCCUAUUCUAGCAAAAAUUUCGUUGAUUAUAUAGAAAAUCAUUGAAGCAUGGCCAUAGCAGCCCCCUCUUAGACAGUCAGUGGGCCUUCACUUAUGAAUAAUUCUGGAUUCACAACUGCUGUCUACUAGCAACUUCAAAUGAAGUGGACGCAGGCAAUUAGAGGCAACUUUUUGCCUUUAACAAUGAGAAAAACUCACACCAAUAUAUAGCUGACUAUAAAAAGCCUUGAUAUGAAAAUAAGAAACAGUAAUUUGUUUUACCUCUUAGAUCUGCCUUAUUGAGCAACUUGUGCUAAUAUUGAUAACACUAACAGUAUUCUGUUUUACUCUCAAACGAAUUUUGAAGGAGCACAUCAUUAUUCCUAUACAUCCUUUUUGUAAUUUGGCAUAUUUUUUCCAUGGUCAAAUUCUUUCAGACUCAGACUCAAAUUCAUUUCAUUUUAUCAUUACUAGUGAAAUUCUGUUAUUUUUGCAUGAUAUUUGCUUUGUUUGCUUUGUGUUUUUUGUUUGUUUUUACAGAAAACCUAGAUGCACAUUAAUUUUGAAAGGGACCAUUGAUCUGACCAACAAACAGUCUAAUGUCUGGAAUCAGGAAUUCAGUACUGUUGAAAUGGUCACGUAAGCGGCUUCUUCCAGAUGCUGUCCCUUCAUUGUUCUUGUUUAGGGAAAGCUCUACACCCAGAUCAACCAAAUACAGUAGACGAGAUGAUGUGGACUUAAGGGUGGUCAAUAAUGUACAGCUUGAAGUUGAGGUUGGUAACGAGGCGGAGGUCAAAGAAGAAUCUGAUGACUUAGAUGGUAUUGAGCCUAUGCAACAUGAAAUGGGAGUACACUGUACCUUACUUGGAAGAUUUGGUAUUGAUAAUUUGGAGAAUGAUUCAAAACGUGUCCAAUAUUAUACAUCAUUCAGGGACUACGAGCAUUUUAUGUUGUUUUUCAAUUGUUUAGGCCCAGCUGUAAAUGAGUUAAAUUACCAAUGUCUGUCUUUGACACCAAAAGAUCAACUGUUUAUGUGUUUACUGAAGUUACGUCAGAACAAAGAAGAUAUAGAAUUAAGUUUUUUAUUUGAAGUGUCUGAGUCAACUGUGUCAAAGAUUGUCAUAACUUGGAUUAAUUUCUUGUACUUUCAAUUAAAAGAGAUAAACAUUUGGCCAUCUAGAGAUAUUGUCACUGAUUAUAUGCCAGAUGAUUUUAAGAACAAAUUUGCAACUACCCGGGUGAUUUUAGAUGCUACUGAAACCCCUAUACAGAAGCCAUCACAUGUUGAUGCACAAAGUGUGACAUGGUCUAGCUACAAACAUAAAAACACAAUUAAAACCAUGAUAGGUUGCACACCAAGAGGCACAGUAUCAUAUGUAAGUGAUGCUUAUGGGGGUUCAGCAAGUGACCGUCAGAUCAUUGAAAAGUCUGAAUUGCUUCAGCUAAAUUUGAAUUUAUUUGAACCGAAAGAUAGCAUAAUGGCAGACAGAGGAAUAAUGGUUCAGGAUUUAUUUGCAGCACAAGAUGUGAAAGUGAACACUCCCACUAUGCUUAAAGGAAAAAGUCAGUUGGAACCUGAGGAAGUUGUAAGGGACAGGAGAGUAGCAUCCAAAAGAAUUCACAUUGAGCGAGUUAUUGGAUUAGCCAAAACAUUUAAGAUCUUGAAAAAUGAACUGCCAUCAGGCAAACUUAUACUUGGGUCUAGAAUUGUUUUUGUGUGUUUUUCUAUUGCAAAUUUCAGAAAGUGUAUUGUGAAUGAAAAUGCAUAAGAAUAUAUAUAUUUGACAAAAUUACUCAAAACCAGAUGAACUGUAAAUGCUUGUUUAUGUAAAUGUUGUUUGCUUAUUUAUAAAUUACACUUUAUCAGUUUCAUGUGUCUAAAGUGAUUCUUUGGCUUUUAAUGGCAGAAUUGAUCCAAAAUAUUUAAAAGGCUUUGAAAAAAAGUAAGGCAAUUACUUUUAAUAUCAGAUUUACUGAAGCAUUUUCAAUCAUAACAUGCUUUUUAAAAUUUGCCAAAAUAAUAACAUUAUUUGAUUGUCUUUCAAAAUUUUGAAGAUAGUUUGAAACCCACAUAAUUUUUUGGUUACUUUUAAAGCAUGUUAAUUAUUUAAAAAAUGAGAUUUAUAAGUUUAUUUUACAUGUACCUACAUAAAUUAUUUAUUGACUUGCAAAAUUUGAAAGAAUAAGAUUGAUUUUCAAAUUGAUAUUCUUCUCUUGUUAUUAAUUAUGUUACUUGACAAACAUUGAAUUAAUCAUGUUUCCCAAAUUUUGGCACAUUCUGAUUUUGCACCCAAUAAAUGGAUCAAACAUUGUAUGCAUGGUAUUGUAUACUAGAGUAGAUUUUAUUCCAUGUAAUUUCAUUUUAGAUAUACAUGUACAUGUACAAAAUUUUUAAAGAAAAAAACAAGUUUUUGGUUUAUUCAUUCUUGUCAUGGUUAAAUUGGUUCAAAUUUUUAUGUUUAAAAUUGUUUAAUUUCAUUAAGAAUGUUAAAUUUAUGAUACAUGUUUGAAAGCCAUAUGGCAUGCAUGGAAUGUAUAAAAAUAUUAAAUUAUUUGGAACUAUCGACAUUUGAAAAAUUCUUAAUGAAUCCAUUUUUUUUUUUAUUAAAUACCAAAGAUGCAGCAGUUAUCUAAUCUAAAAGUACAAUUAAUGUUUUUAGAAUACCAAAAAACAUGGGAAUGUUUGAACUUUGAGAGUUAUAACAAAGAUGCCAAAUAUGGUCUGAAGUAUUUCUCAUAAAACAUGGAUAAUUUUGGAACUAAUGAGUUAAGGCAGAAAUUUUCGUCAUAAUCGACUACUUGCACAAACAGAUCUACAAAAGUAUACACAAUGAAAUAGCAGUAUUUUCUUUUUGCAAUAAACAGUUGACCUUGAAUUUGUGCAUAAUAGGUGCUUAUCUCCUUUAAAGCUAUUUCCCCAGAUUUAUUUCUGUAUAGGAAUGGAAAACAUUUUCCUGGCAAUAUUUUAUCGUUUCUUCCAUUGUAUGGACAUUUAACUUCUAUUAAAAAAUCACCAU